AUGGGCUUCCUACCCUAUUUCUCUACUGAGACAUGGACCCUCCUGGUCACUUUCAUCACACUGAUCUUUGUGUAUGCCACCUGGCCAAAUGGAACAUUUAAGAGGCUUGGCAUCCCAGGUCCCAAACCAAUCCCUUUUCUCGGCACCAUGCUGGCAUAUAGAAAGGGAUUCAUUAACUUUGAUACAGAGUGCUUCCAGAAAUAUGGAAAAACAUGGGGUAUCUUUGAUGGUCAUCAGCCAGUGCUGUGUAUCACAGAACCCUCCAUGAUAAAGACAAUCCUAGUUAAGGAGUGCUACUCUUUCUUCACCAAUCGCAGAAACUUCCAUUUGAAUGGGCCACUGUACGAUGCCGUGUCCAUCGUGGAGGACGACGAUUGGAGGAGGAUCCGCAGCAUCCUCUCUCCCUCCUUCACCUCUGGAAGACUGAAAGAGAUGUUUGACAUAAUGAAGCACCACUCUGCCAACCUGAUCAGCAGCAUGAAAAAGAAGGCAGACAAGGACGAGGCCCUAGAGCUGAAGGAGUUCUUUGGACCUUACAGUAUGGAUGUAGUGACCAGCACAGCCUUCAGUGUAGACAUAGACUCAAUAAACAACCCUUCAGACCCCUUUGUCACUAACAUCAAGAAGAUGCUGAAGUUUGACCUUUUCAGCCCUCUCUUCAUCCUUAUUGCUGUCUUCCCCUUCCUGGCUCCUAUAUUUGAGAAGAUGGAGUUUUCUUUUUUCCCGACCUCUGUCACUGACUUCUUUUACGCUUCACUGAAGAAGAUCAAGUCGAAUCGUGAGUCCAGCGAGCACAAGACUCGAGUGGAUUUCCUUCAGCUGAUGAUUGACUCUCAGAAAGACAAUGAUACCUCAGGGACGGGAGAAAAUAAAGGUUUAACUGAUCAUGAGAUCCUUUCUCAGGCUAUGAUUUUCCUCUUUGCUGGCUAUGAAACCAGCAGCAGUUCUCUCACUUUCUUGGCCUACAACCUGGCAACAAACCCCGACACCAUGAAACGGCUGCAGGAGGAGAUAGACUCCACUUUCCCAAACAAGGCUCCUGUUGAGUACCAGGCUAUGAUGCAGAUGGAGUAUCUUGAUAGUGUCAUCAACGAGUCUCUCCGGCUGUACCCCAUCGCCCCACGUCUGGAGCGUGCUGCCAAGGCAACUGUGGACAUCAAUGGCAUUGUGAUUCCAAAAGAUAUGAUUGUCUUGGUACCCACAUGGGUCCUGCACCGGGACCCUGAGAUAUGGCCCAACCCCGAGGAGUUCAAACCUGACAGGUUCAGCAAAGAGAACAAGGAGUCUAUUGACCCCUACACGUACAUGCCUUUUGGGGCAGGGCCAAGGAACUGUAUUGGGAUGCGAUUUGCUCUGGUGAUGAUGAAACUAGCAGUAGUGGAGAUCCUGCAGAGGUACAGCUUCAGUGUGUGUAAGGAGACAGAGAUCCCCUUUGAGAUGGACAUUCAGGGCCUCCUGAUGCCAAAACGGCCAAUCAAGCUGAAGCUCGUUCCACGUUCUGAUGUAUCAAGUUAGGAAAUCAACAACUACA